AAAUCGUCGCUUUAAGGUGCAACUUGAUCGCGCGCGCAGCUCUUGAUUCUCGAUAUUCUCACGUGUGCUGUGAUCGGGUUUUAUACCUAUGGUUUGGACUCGUUCGUCGUCCAAGUGGAGGAAAAAGUGUCCCACCUGAAGCCCAUCACUGGAUGGAUGUGAGCUCUCGAUUGUAUUCGGAGAAUAGGAAUAUAUAAAUUUGAAACGGAGUCCAGCUUGUUUCCGGUUUCUUUGCCCUCCGUUUGGAAUAUACAUAAGAAGUUUUAUCUUCGCGCGAAACACAACGCGAGCUUAAGUUGAUAAUCUCAAAGUGGUGCGUGCUUUGUGUACGGAGACGCCUUUUUCUCCUUGAAUGAAGCCAUCAAGAAGCUGCGAUCAUCGGAACGACUGAAUGCAUUAAAUUAUCAUUGUCCGGAGAAGUGUUAAAAAAGUGAAUAGCAUCAAUCAGCCGCGGUGGCAAAUGCAAAACAAAGUCCCAGCAUCCAUCAAGCAUGUAUGAGAAGUGAAAAUGAUUUUACGUGCAAAUUAAUUACGAUCAUCAAUCGGCAUACAUCUCUUCGAAACAAGACAUCAUCAGCAAGCAUAUCCCCGCCCCGCUUUGCAGUGCAGGUUUGGUGGUGUUUGUGUUAAAGAUUUCCCUCCAAACUCCAAAGCGCAUCGACCAUGCAUUCGAACAGCUCGCCACGAUCGUCAACGAGAGCAGUUCCGCACAAGCUGUACUCUAAGCUGAUCAACAAAAUCAACGGGUUUCCUCAUUCUAGGAGUGGCAAUAGCAAUAAGACCGUGGCAAGGAGCCAAUUGUCAUCUAUAACACCGCCCACACAGCCCCAGACUCCGGCCCCUACAUUAUCGCUAAAAGUGAUCGCCGCUAGAAAGAACGCGGUAGCAGGAAAGCAGCAAAGAGCUGACUCGCACGGACAUGAACAUCAUGACUACGAGAAUGUCCUAGUAGUGCCGUCACGAUCAGCCGGCUCCAAGAAUCGUGGCAAUGGAGGUGGUGGAAUGAUACCGCUCACUGGCACGGCAGCAGCACUUUUCUCAUCAGAUAAGGAUGAAUUCGAAGACGAAGACGCCGAGGAGGAAGAAGCCAUUAGCAAACGCCAGUACAAAUGUUCUCUGGAAGACGAAAUUUUCGAAGAACUAGAAAAAGUGGCAUACGACGAGGCCAAGCUUAAUGCGGCUUUGGAGAACUUUGAUCGGAUUUUAUCAGAGUACAAUGAACGGGGUUUGAAAACGAAGUCGCGUAGUAUUAUAGCGGCUGCACGUGAUCGUACGGCCGCGGCUGCCUCGGGUGGGAUCAACAGUAGUAGUGUAUGCAAACAGUCAGCUAACGGUGUCCCACCAGCAAAACAACAACCCGGGACCACCAAAGUCGACGAAAGACAGGCAACUAUAGAUCGCAAUCUCGAAAAAGCCAAUACGAAGACGUACCCUCCAAAUCCAGCAAAGUUAUUACACAAGUCCAAAACAUGUAGCAUCAUCGAAUCUAAGUGCAUCUUGAAGAAGUCUCAAUCCGGUGAAGAUUCCGGCCGCUCAAGUGCUAGUAGUUUGCCAAAUACACAACAUUCCAACGCUAGUUUAGCACGCAGUUUGUUAAACUUGAAAGAUUUGGAAGAGUUUGUGUUCAGUACUCGGGAAUCAUCUCUAUCGCCGAUUACGAUCGGCAGCAAAAUGGAGAGGGUAUCAGUGCCAAACAACUACAACACCUACAAAGUAAAAAAUAGCAACAUAAUAUCUGAUACUGAUAGCUCGAAAAAUCCCCUACCGAAAAUUUGCAACACUACUGUGCAAUUCAAUCAAGCGGAAAAACGCCAAUUACCGCGAGCAAAGAGCGUCUUUGAGUUGGGAAAUAACAACAGCACACCUUCAAAUAACCACAAGCCGGCAUCGCGCACCAACUCCGGUAGUAAAAUUCCAAUUUCCACGAGCUCAAGUCGCAGCAACAGCUUCAUACUUCCUUCCGACAGCGCAUUGUCGCUGCUGUCAGUUUCGACGGUCAAAUUACAAGAAGAUGACGGUUGUUCAAUCGAAUCUCCGAGUGGCGAUCGUGGCAAGUCGGACAAAAUGCGAUCAAGCACUUCAACCAGUUCCAUUUGCGUGCGCCCCGUAACCGGACGAAUCCAAUCGGCGAUCAGUGAAAUGAAUCUGCGAUCGGAACCACAAGCCUACAAAAUAUCCAAAGAAAACGGUGAUGAAUUGUUGAACAAAUGUUUGGAAAAAGGGCAUGAGAUAUUGAAAAAAGUUGAACAAUUAAGCUCCAGCUCCACCACAACCACCACCACCCAUCAUCAUCAACAAAGUGUACACCCUAAUGGUAGAAUUAAACUGACCGUGAAAUCAUCAAUUCAAAGCUCCGGUGGUCUUAAAACCAGCACCAGUUGUAGUAGUUCUCUGCGAUUAACCACACAGCCGGAUGAGAUUGAUGGAUGUUAUCGUGCCAAAACGAAACCCUCCCGAAGUAACAAUGCCACCAAUUCCACCACUCGCAAAGAUCAUAUUUCUUCCUCAGCCGGCAAAACGACCUUCGCCGCGAUCAGUAAGUUAAAUCUGAAUAACGAUCCUCUUCACCCUCUGCACCGGCGUCAUCAACUCGAUCCUCAAAAGGGUUCCGUCCUCAACAAGACCACGUCCUGCUCCACAAUGACUGCGACGACGCCUGUUAGCGUCACUCCACGAUCGAGUCCCAGUCCCAGAUCGACGCCUUCGCCCUCCAGCGCCGAGAAUAGGACGACGAACAGAAAACAACACCAGCCGCCAAACAAUGCGAUCGUGAUCUCGAAUAGAAAGCAGAAACUCAACAGCAGUAAAAACAACAACAACAACAACACUGCCGCCACCCAGACCAAUAGCAAAAUUUUUCGUGAAUCGGUAUCAGUUUCAUCUCCGUCUCAUCACGUGAUGACGACAACCCCAAGAGUGCCGCCUCACCAGAACAAUCACAGUGCGAUGGAACAGCCGAAGAACAACCUGGGUGUGAAAAGUAAAAACAUCGUUAAAAAUUGCAUAUCUAAUUUUGAAAAUCAGUGUAGCAUUAAAAGUGUUCCUCGAUCGUCAACAACGCUGAAGAAUGACCCCGGAAAAGUGAGUAGAUUCCUGGGCCCCUUGUCGGUGAAAUCAAACUCGUCCGGUGGUCUGCACCUAUCGUCGUCGUCCAUUGGUGGUGGCGGUGGUGCUCUUCGUGGGGGUCACCCGAAACUGGUCAAAAAGUUAUCACCCAUUCUGCCGACGAGAUCAUCGCCGUUGACAAGCUGGCGGAGAUCGGCAAGCACCAUUUCGAUACUGACAAUUGCCCCUCCGCCGGUGCUGAAAUCGCCUGCACUGGUCAAGCAAAACAAGCCGCUGCUGGUCAAAAGCAAUAGCUGCUGCACUGCUUCCAGUUUUCUUGAUGGUUCUUCCGGGAACCUUAGUGAUCGAAUCGAAAGUACCACCAACAACAACCCACCCACAAAAGCACCACCCGUGAAGCACCAUCGUAAUGAGUCUGUAACGAGUACAAGAUCGCCAACAUCAUCUCCAGUACCUGUGCUUGCUUCGGCGGCCCCAGUGGCAUCGUCUCCCUCAACGCCGCUCCUCACCUCAUCAAAGCCUUCAACGCCGACGCCCACAACGACGGUGAUUGUAGUGCCCCCCUCUCCCCUACCACCCUCUUCUUCUCCGGAAAGUGUUGAUCUGGCCAGCAGAAGUGGCCAUAUCAGUGCGGAACUGCUGAAAUUGUACCGAGACCAGGUAGUGGAUCAAGGUGACGAAGAAGACGACGAUGAUGAUGCCCAAGAAGAAGAUAACGACAAGGAAGAACAACGUGUUAUCGAUCAUCUCAAGUGUGUAGUACAUGUGGUGGAAAAUAGCAAUAAUAACUCGGUGGCGAAAAAAUCUUGCCUUGUCAGUAGUGAGAAAGAAGAAACCUACCAGAGUGAUUGCAGUGAAGAUUCCGGCCAUAUUUCGAACGAAAAUAACGAACUCGAAGAGCAGCAACAGCAGCAGCUGAUUGCGAAACCGAUUCCGGGAAAGCUCACCGAAAGCUUGCUGGAGAUCUUCGAGCAAAAGUGUCGGAAAAAUGCUGCCGAGAGUGUGGGUCUCUGUGCCAGCAGUGGCAAUAGUGGCUUGUAUGAGUUGUACAAUGGUUUGGCUAAUAGAAGUUUGACCGGCAGCAGCAGCAGGUUGGUGACCCUCAUUAGCGAAACGAAAAAGCUGCCCGACAAAAAUGAGGCGAAACUGACAAACGAUCUCACCGGCAUCAGUCAAGGUGAGCUGAAAGUGGUUCCUCACCACGACGACGACGAUGACGGAACGGAAGAAGCAUCGGAAGACGACAGCAUUAGAAGCAGCAUCAGUCGAUGCAGUAGCCAAAGUGCUAUUGCUGCCGAGUGUAGUGAUGAUGAUAAAAAUGCUGUCGCUACUUCCUGCGAUCGCUGGACGGACGAGAUCGACAAUCAUCGGCAGCAGCCGGUCGAGUGCAAUACGGAGGUUCUGUUCCGUUCGGGCGUUCUUAACCAGCUGGAAGCAAAGCGUGAUGAGCUACUGUCUGAUCGUAUCAUUCAACUUCAGGCGUACUGCAGGGGUCACCUGGCCAGAAAACGUUUGGCCCAGAGGCGCAUUCAGGAACUGGCGGUCAAAUGCAUCCAACGAAACGUGCGAGCCUUCCUAAAAGUUCGCGAAUGGCCCUGGUGGCGACUGUUAGUAAGGGUUACGCCUCUGUUGAACGUGCACCGCACCGAGGAGCAGCUGAAGAUCGCCACGACCGAGCUGCAGAUGCUGAAGGAAAAGCUAGAUAAGGUGGAAAACGAUCGCACCAACCUCAAGACGGAAAACUCCCGGCUGGAAAUGAGGUUAUCCGAGAUGACUGCCGAACUAGCGGAAGAACACUCGUCGUCCAAUUUGAUCAGCGAACGGCUCGAUGCAGAAACCACCGAAAGACUGAGGCUGGAAAAGGAGGUCAAGGAGCAUGAAGAGAAGUACCGGCACCUGCAGGAAUCGUCCGAGAAGCUGGAAAUGGAGCUGCUCUGUGCCAAGUCCGAUCUCAAUGGAGACCUGGAUGACGAUUUCGACGGCGAUGGCGAUGGCAAUGCCUACCGGAUUAAGUACGAGAGGGUGGCGCGAGAGCUGGAGUUCACCAAAAAGCGUCUCCAAACGCAGCAUGAGCACGAUUUGGAGCAACUGAUUGGCCUCAAGAAACAGUUGGAGAAGAAGCUGGCCGAUGCAUACGAGGAAGUGGAAGAACAGCGCCAAGUCGUUGGUCAGUGGAAACGGAAAGCCCAAAAGAUGACCAAUGAAAUGAACGACUUACGCAUGCUGUUAGAAGAGCAGAACAGUCGCAAUAAUCUGCUCGAGAAACGCCAGCGCAAGUUCGAUUCCGAAUGCCAAUCGUUACAGGACUCCGCACGCCAGGAGAAACAAUCCAAAGAGCGUUUAACACGUGAAAAAGAUGUACUUAUCGCUGAAAAGUUCACGCUGGAGCAAACGCUAUCGGACGUUCGACUGGAGCUAGAACUGAAGGAGGAAAAAUACACCGCUUUGCAAAGAGAACUAGAAGAGAUGACUUUCGGCGGAGGUACCGAAGAAGAAAUUGCCCAGCUCAAGCGACAGAAGAUGGAUCUCGACCGGCGCUGCAAGGAGCAGGAAGAGGAACUGGAUGAAAUGGCAGGACAAAUACAGCUCCUUGAACAAGCAAAAUUGCGACUGGAAAUGUCUUUAGAGACCAUGCGCAAAGAUGCUCGGAAAGAAGCACAACAGCGUGAUGAUGAGCUGGAAGAAGUUCGCGGUAGUUCGUAUAAGAAAAUUAAGUCUCUAGAAUGCCAACUAGAGCAGGAACACGAAGAACGAACGUCUCUUUUGCGUGAGAAACAUGAUCUGGAAAGGCGACUGAGCAGUUUAGAAGAACAAGACCGAGCCGAACGAGCAGCUGAGGAAGCGGCCUCUCAGAAACUAAAGCGUGACCUCCGCAAGUAUAAGGCACUGUUACGUGAUGCACAAAGCCAACUGGAGCGAGCUAAAACGGAUUCUGCCGGAAAGGCUUUGAUACGACAGCUAAGAAAUCAGCUGGAAGAUGCCGAAUCCGCCCGGUCGACAGCCGUCAAGGCUCGACAGGUUGCGGAAGGCGAGCUACAAGAUGUCCAGUUGAUGCUGGAGGAAGCUCAACGUGCACGGUUUGAUGCUGAAGAUAAGGCCCAAUGUGCCCUGCGAGAUCGAACAGAACUUCAGGCACAGAUAGACGAAAACGAAGAAGAGAUGGCCGAGCUGAUGAAAAAAUACAGCACUACAGUCAAACAGUUGAGCUCCGAACAGGCUAUCAUAGCGGACUACGAAUUUAAAAUCUCCGAACUGGAAUCGGAGAAGAAAUCCUUGAAGGAACAAAUCACCGAUCUAACGACGCGUCUGGAAAGUGUCGAAAAUAUCGGCGAUUCGUCUUCGAGCAUACAGUUCAAGCGGCUUGAACUACGUACCAAAGAAUUAGAAUCCCGCUUGGAAUUCGAACAGGCCACUAGAGCUAGGAUGGAAAUUCAGCUCAACCGGCACAAAGAUUCACUGGAGAAAGCCCAAAGUGAAAUCAGCCAAAUCCGUACUAAAGAAAUGCUCGCGCAAGAAGCACUCAAGAAAGCUCAGAAAACAAUCCGGGAGCUUCGAGAGGAAUUGCACCUGGUAGUCAACAAAGAGCAAGAAAGUUUAGCCAAACGAAAAGAUUUGGAGAAACGAUACGAGACGGUUGAAGCAGAAGCUGCAUCUGCACGUGCAGAUUUGAGACUUGCGCUUCAAAGGAUCGCAGAUUUACAGCAAGCAAUGGAAGAGGGAGAUUCAUAUCAUUCGGACAGCGAAAAUAGCGACAGCUCAAUUGAUUCUGUUAGCGAAACCAGCUACCGUAGCCCAAGUGUGCUGUCUUCAAUUCGAGGCAGAUCUGGUGAGACGAACGGAACUAAUGGCAGUGGCACAACACUUUGCAUCAGGGAAGAGAAAGAAAACACUCCGAGAAUCACCUUGACCACUUCAUCGUCGUCACCGAACAACUCUGGGGGAUCAUCCCGAUCACCGACGAAGGAACGCAGCGGAAGUCGAUCUGGCACCAGCCGAAUGACCAAUGGCGGGGGCGAAGAGAGCAACUGCGAAUCGUCGUCCUUUGCGUAACUUUCGUUUUUUUCCAACCCGUCGUCGGUACACGAUAAGAGACAUUGCAAAAGUCUGGUUAAUUUAGUUGAAGCCCAACAUGCGUACGUGUUGAUAAGUAAUAUUAUUCCAAUUCAUUAGGAAAAGAGAAAAAAAACAACAAAACUUUACCGUCACUUUUUAAUGUGAAGGGACAAAUGAUAGACACAUAUCUUUACCAAUUGAACCACAAAUAGUUUUCAAAUACAACAACAUAUUCGUAGGUUUGAAACAACCAUAUGCAUAUUCGGAAAACUAAUCACAACUCCUCCACGAUCAACGAUUUUUGUGCGUAUAACCAAACCUUAUCUAAUAUAAUAUUACACCAAUAUGUUCUCAAUAUACAGACAAGAUAAUCACGCCAUUAUAUAAUUGAAGCAACUUUACUUACUCCCCAGUACAUAGCUUUAAAGUCUUUGGAACUCAAAAUGAAUACAAAUUUCAUCAAAACUAUAAUCAACACUUCUACACUACCUAUGUGUCUGCAUAAACACUUUCUGUAGCAAAUUUUAAACUCUGUUAGCUUAGGUGAAAAACUGUUUUAAAUUUUGUAAAUGUUUUAACUUUCCGCUCCCUGUAAGGUCAAACGAUUGGAAAGUGUUUGAAUAUCUUCAUUCAAAUCGAUGGAACAUCAAGCGAGAUAUAUGAAUACUUAGGAGAGAUAGGUACAAAAUAAAAUCGUUAGGGGCAGAUAGCACUCACACACACACUCCCGCCAUUGAAAUUUCCCAUCAUUUCAUUGAAACGUUGAAUCACCGAACAUUAGAAACAGGAAAAAGGCGCAUUCGAACGUUUUUAUACAGUGUUAAAUUAUUCACUUAUCUUUAAGUUUGUAACAGAGCAAACGUACUUCUGUUGGUUAUUUUAUUAUAUUGUUUUGUUUAAUUAGUGCAAAUAUUACAAACUUUCAUUUAAACGAAUACUUGUGCUUUUGUACUGAAUGCCUUAAAAAAAGAAAAAUUUCAACAAAAUAAAAAAAAAACAAACACAAUCGGAAACGAAAUUCGAAUCGAUAUUGCUAACCUGACCUGACCUCUGAGAAAAUCCCUUGUUUUUAGCGUAUUUUUUUAAACCUCUGUUUUAGUUUAACCUAAACCGACCAUUAAUUUUUAUUUUUAACGAGUUUCUAGAUUGCAAAUUAUUACACCAGUUGAUGACUUAAUUAUUGAGUAAGAAAAUUGAAAUAAUAAUCAUUGAAAACAAAAAUACACCUUAUAUAGAUCAACGUCGAACAAAACAAAACCCCACAUUGUAUAUUGUACCCUAUGAUCCAUAUCGUCUAAUUUAUAUGUGAAACAAAUUAUUUGUAAUUAAACAUUUAUUUAUCGAAUUAACUGUUAUAAUAAAAGCUAUUGAAAAUUGA